AUGCUCCCCCUCACGCCCGUCCGUGGCCAACUGCUUAUCUUCUUCAUUUUUCUGGUCAACACCGUCGCUAGUGUUCUUGCGCUUUUUCAUUUGGUGGUUUCUAUUCAACCCGCGGCGAUGUUUCAGCGCCUCCGCGACGCCAUCGACUCUCGUAUCGCAGAGGAACAAGCCCGCCAAAAGACCGCUCAAGAUAACAUCUCCCGCUCCAAUUCCGCCCGUCGUCCGCCCAGUUCUUCCUCAGGUCAGCGCACCCGCCCGAGACGGAACACUGGCACCCCCGUGCGAGGACCAGACCCCAAAGAGUUUGAGGCCGAGUUCACCAUCGGGGACGACGAUGAAUCCAGUCGUGCCGCGACCCCUCAACUAGAUACACCAGGCGCUGCGUCGGAAGGAAGCAACGAAGAGACCGCAGAUAUGGGAAGCAAACCCGCAGACGCCCCGGAGAAGGAGGCCCCGGAGCAAGAGUCCAAGGAGAAGGAGACAACAACGGAGCUUCCGCCUGAUGUUCGGGCAAAGCUCCGACGACUCGAUAAGUUGGAGUCGCGAUACCAUGAAUUGCUCAAGGCAUAUCGCAUGGCCCACUCGCGCGUCCUCUCCAUCGAACCGUUCGAAGCCGCCCUGCGCGAAAACACCCCGCUGACUUCGAUCGGCGAGCCGAAAGCAUUCACCGAAUACCUCAACCAGUCUACUUUGAAAAGCGACAUGGUCAUGGAGGAGCUGAAGCGUGUCACUGGGGAGCGAGAAGACUUCAAGAAGAAGUUCGAAGAAGCAGAGAAAGCCACCCGAGAGGCUCUAGACGAAGUCACUGGCUUGAAGGAGAAGAAGUCAGAGUCAGAGACCAAGGAAAGCGACCAGAAGGACGAGGCGGAGACCAGCGAGGAGUUCUUCUCCUACGAGAACGAAGUCCCCCGGCUGGAAGACGAGCUCAAGGGAAAACAAGAAGAGGUUGAUAAUCUCAAGACCGAGGUGGAAAGGCUCAAGCGCGACAUGUCGGUCACCCGUGAGUCGACCGAAGGCAUGGUGCAGAACUUGGAGACUGCCACCCGCGAGCUCGUGGAGUUGCGCGAGACCAAGGAUAAGCUAGAUGCCGAGAUCGAGACCCUGCGGUCUUCCAAGAACGCGGAUGUCGAUGACCUGAAAGCUAAGCUCGCCACCGCCGAAACAUCUCUUGAAUCAACAGCAUCGGAGGUCGAGAAAUUGAAGUCGCAACUGAAGGAAAAGAGCCAGGAAAUUGAGAAACUUCAGAAGGAGACAUCCGGAAAGGAAGAGCCAAAUCCCGAGCUGGUUGCCCAGCUAGCGACAGCCAAGGAGGAGAAGACUUCCAACGAGAAGAAGCUCACCGUGCUCCAGGGUCUAGUUGACGGCUUGAAGUCCCAACUCCAAGAUACGGAAUCCACAAUCUCUAAUCUGAAGACUGAGAACAAGGAGAUUUCUGAUAGAUCUGCGAAGCACAAGGACGUCUGCGACUUUGUUGAUGAGAACCUGAAGGACAACUCUGCGUGGUUAUCCGCCAAAGAGAAGGUUCUCGCUGGCGAUGCAGCCGACUUCGAGGAGAUCAUCAAGAGCCUCACACCUGCCAAGGAAGAAUCUGCGCCUGUUGUUUCGUUCCCCGCGCCAGCUCAAGAUGAGCCGCAGCCUGCCCAGGCUACUUCUGCUGCCGGCGGCGGUGGCGGCGGAAAGAAGAAAAACAAAAAGAAGAAGAAGGGCGGCAAGGCAGAGGAGCCUGCUAAGCAGGCCGAGACUGCCCCAGCAGAGCAGCCAGUUCAAGAGACAUCUGCACCGGCCACCAACGAAUUGAAUGAACUGAAGGAAAAAAUUGAAUCUCUCUCGCAGCAACUGUCUGAGAAGGAGGCUGCAAUUGACCGCCUUAGCUCAAAGCUGAAGGGCGAGGAGGAUCUGAAGGAAGAGAUUGAGUCGCUACGUGAUGACCUCGUCAACCUCGGCCAGGAGCAUGUUACCGCAAAGGACAAGAUCAAGGAGCUUUCCGCAGAGAAGUCUGCCCUCGAAGAAACCAUCCAGAAGCUGGAGAAGGAACUUGUCGAACUUCGUACCACUAACGCUUCGAGCUCAGCUGAUUCGGAAAAGGUGCACUCUUCUCUGAAAGAAGAAUUCGAGACCCUCAAGGUCCGCUCCGCUAGCCUAGAGACUGAUCUCUCUGCCGCGCAGCAGCUAGCGACCACCCGAUUCAAAGAUCUCACAGAUCUACGUGAAACCCUUCAAAAGGUUCAGCCCGAGCUGCGUAACCUACGUGCCGAGGCCACAGAACUGAAGACUCUGAAAGAGACCCUCAACACCAAAAACUCGGAUCUCAAAACCCUCGAGGGUAAACACGAGGACCUGCGUGCUGAGCUGAAGAGCGCGAAAUCGAAGAUCUCCGAGCGCGAGACUGAAGUGGGCACCCUGAACAAAAAGAUUCGACAGGAGACCGACAGCCGCUUAAAGGCCGAGGAGAACCUCACAGUCACCCAGUCUAACCUUCGUUCUGCGGAGAGCAAAAAGCAAGAUGCCAUCAACGCCCGUGAAAAAAUCUCUGGUGAUCUUUCUAAGGCCCAGGAUGGACUAAAGAGCAUUCGUACCAAGGCACGAGAGCUGGAGGAGCAAAUUUCCCAGCAGAACAAGGAGCUGUCGAGCCUUCGGGAAGAAAUUCAACUCAAAACCGCCCAGCAUAGCAGUGCCCAAAGCUUGAUGAACAGCAUGCGUGAUCAGACCGGCGAAGUUGCGAUGCAAAUGAAGGAGGCUCGCGAACGGUGCGAGAGUUUGGACGAGGAGCUGGCUGAUGCUCACCGUUUGUUGAGUGAGCGGACCCGCGAAGGAGAAACCAUGCGUCGCUUGUUGAAUGACAUCGAGGGUCGCUCAGAGUCGAAGGUUCGAGAUUUCAAGGAGCGCAUGGAAGCUGCUAUCGAAGAGCGAGACCGUGCCGAAGAUGAAGCUAGCACCACGGGUAGACGUCGUGCUCGCGAAAUGGAGGAACUCAAGGCCAAGGUCCGCGAGGCCGAAAGAGCUCUUCGUACGGCAGAGCAAGAUAAGGAAGACCUCGAGCAAUCUCAAAAGGAUUGGCGUCGCCGCCGUGAUGAGCUCGAGUCGGCCUCUGAGCAGUCUUCCCAAGAAGUGACAGAGAUUCGGCAGGCCAUGGCAGGCCUUCGUGAAGCACUGGAUGAAAGUGAGAAGCAGGUUCGUGACCUCGAAAAGGACAAGGCGGAGCUCCGCCGUUCUGUCGAAGAGACGAACAGUCGAUUGGAGAAGCUUCGACGGUCUCACAAGACCCUUGGAGAGGAUGUACGCUUGCGUGGUUCUCCCACAGGUCGGCAGUCCUCGCGCUCCUCUAUCGACUCUGGGUCUCGUCGGGCAGUCGCAUCGCCCGGCAGAAGCGAGACUCCAGUCGGCCCGCCCAGCAACGCUUCUAUUGAUUACAUGUACCUGAAGAACGUCCUACUUCAAUUCUUGGAACAGCGAGAUAAGAAUUACCAGAAGCAGCUCAUUCCUGUCUUGGGCAUGUUGCUACACUUCGAUCGCAAAAGUGGAUGUCUGCCAUCAUGUCCAAAUGUCCCACUCAUCCUCCAAUUCAUCUGCGAGCUCGCGGACUACGAAAAGGCCCUUCAUGAAGUCGAAGCCACCGAAGAGUCCCUCCUAGCCACCCUUUCUUUCCCCGAUACCCCACCUCGCCGCGGUGCUGUCUACACGGCCCUCAUCACCCCGCCGCCCACCACCGAGAAGCCCGACCCAAUCCCCGUCGGCAUGGCCCUCUACUUCUACAACUACUCCACUUGGCGCUCCGCUCCCGGUAUCUACCUGGAAGAUCUAUAUGUACAGCCCAGCGCGCGGGGUCACGGCUACGGCUUCAAGCUGCUCAAAUACCUUGCUAAGCAGGUUCUGGAGGCUUCCGGACGGAGACUUGAGUGGAGUGUGCUCACCUGGAACGAGCCUAGCAUUCGCUUCUACGAGCAAGUGGGUGCUAAGGGUAUGGAUGAGUGGAUGAAGAUGAUGGUCGAGGGAGAUGCUUUGACCAAGUUGGCCGAGGGUGUUUAG